AUGUAUGAAAUCGGCUGUUUUAAGACGGGCCUUUCUGGUAACUACGGUGUAUCUAAUGCUGGUGUUGGUAGAACAGGAACCUACAUAGCUCUGGACAUUCUGACUAACGAGGGUGAGGCAGAAGGAGCAAUAGAUAUCCCGGGAUGUGUUCUCAACAUGCGACAGAAUAGACCCAACAUGAUUCAGACUUUGAGUCAAUACAAGUUUCUUCACCAAGCUUUGGUCCAUUCAUUGACAAUUGAGUGGCCGUUGAUAAAAAGAGACCACUUCCAUGAAUAUAUGACGAUGUCCAGCCAACAGGAGGUACACAAGCAGUUUGAGAAACUGCAAUUGAACCAAGAGCAAAAGUCGGAUAAGGAGCUACAGGCUACGGGAAGGAAUCGGCUUCUGACAAUCAAAAACAGGAAACUGGCAGAUAUACCAGGUGAUUCCAAUCGACCACGUCUGUAUCUGUUUUUGAAACCAGGCGAAUCUGAUUACAUCAAUGCAAUAUACAUCAACAGUUUUAAAACGAAAAAUCGCUUCUUAGUUGCGCAAACACCUCUGCCUGACACAGUUUCCGAUUUCAUCACACUUGCUGUUCAAGAAAACUGUUCAUGUAUUAUUAGUAUGGAGGGACAUUUGGAUAAGCAUGAGAUAUGA